ACCUGCUCGACAAUCGAAAUGUUGCCAUCGAUACCUAUCGACCAAAGACAAUCUCAACAUCUAUAUCUCAUCAAUCGCAAGGAAUACGACACUUAGCAACCAUGCAGUUCACUCUCGCCGCCCUCGUCACUCUCAUCGCCGCCGUCUCGGCCCAGUCUUGGGAAGACAUCCCCGCCUGCGCACAACCCUGUAUUUUGGAUGCCGUUGCAGAAGUGACGGACUGUGGUAGCACAGACUAUGAGUGCAUCUGCGCUGCCCGUCCCCAAGUCCAAUCGGCGGCUACAGGUUGUGUUGUUAGCGCCUGUGGUGCAGCCGUUGCCCUCACUCAGGUCAUUCCCGCCGUUAAUGCUGCUUGCGAUGCGUUGUAAACAAGUAUUACUUAACACUGAGGGUAGACGGCGUCAGCUUUUUUGGUUCGACGUAGGAACAACACGGGUUUUCUCUUUACCCGGAGUUAAAAUAUUUACUUAGCCUCUACGGUCUCAAUUGCUGCUAGUUGUCGAAUCUCAGCCAAAUUUGGAGGGAGUUAGAGCUGGAGGUUAGCAUUAGGAGCCCGCAACUAGGUCCAGAUUACCAAUUCAUCAAUCACACUUGCGGUC